AUGCCGUUUGGGUUGACCAACGCCCCAGCUACUUUCAUGGAUCUGAUGAAUCGCAUUUUCCAGUCGUAUUUAGAUCAGUUAGUGGUGGUUUUUAUUGAUGACAUAUUGGUGGUAUUUUUAGGACAUGUAGUAUCUGCUGAUGGGAUUAAAGUUGAUCCGAAGAAAAUCGAAGCAAUUAUCCAGUGGAAGGCACCAAAGAAUGUAUCGGAGGUGCAUAGUUUUCUCAGUUUAACUGGGUAUUACAGGAGGUUUGUAAAUGGAUUCUCGAAGAUAGCACUAUCAAUGACUAAACUACUACAUAAGAAUGUUCCUUUUACCUGGGAUGAUCAGUGCCAGAAGAGUUUUGAGACUUUGAAGCAAAUGUUGACAGAAGCACUGGUAUUAACAUUACUAGAGUCAGGGAAAGAUUUUGUUGUAGUGAUGCUUCUCUGA